UUUUAAUAAUAUAGGAAUUAAAAUGUUUUUCGAGUGAUAAGUCCCACGGUGACGGGGAACUCUCAUGAACGUUAACCUUUAUCAAACCCUAAUAUUUUGUUCCUUUAUUUGAGAAUUCUUCUCUUCUUCUAGCAUCAUCUUUCUCCUACCAUCGUCCAUCUCUUCUCUCUCUCGUCUCUGCAAAUCAAUUGUGUUUUUCUUCCCUUCUCCCACCGCCGUGUCCGCUGGUUUUUCCUGGAUCUGACCCGUAUCCGACACGGGUAAGUCACCCCCAAAUUGCCGAGUUCGGGUAACGAAGGUUGAAAUUAACAAUUUUCUUUGAUUGAUUCAGAAAUUAUGGUGUCUGGUUUAAUAAAUGCAAACCCUAUUGUGUACGAGAAGAAAGAGCGGCGGGUUCGUAACGAAGCAGCUGUACCUGAUGAAUACGCUGUUGAACCUAUUGACCAACUAGAAAUAUUUGAUCAUAUUAGAGAUAUAAAGGACCCUGAACAUCCCUAUUCUUUGGAAGAGCUUAAAGUAAUAACUGAAGAUGCUAUUGAAGUUGAUAACGAGCGAAGUUAUGUUAGGGUCACAUUUACUCCUACGGUUGAACAUUGCAGUAUGGCUACGGUUAUUGGUCUUUGCUUGAGAGUCAAACUUAUGAGGAGUCUUCCUUCUCGCUACAAGAUGGAUAUAAGGGUUGCACCUGGAACUCAUGCAACUGAAGCUGCAGUUAAUAAACAACUGAAUGAUAAAGAACGUGUUGCAGCUGCACUAGAAAACCCUAACCUUUUGGAUAUGGUUGAUGAAUGUCUGGCUCCAUCCUAUGCUUGAAUUUUUUAUUAUUACUAUACGUGGUGAACUAGAUUUGUUUUUCUUCAUACAAUAAACUUCACUUGUCUCUUUGUAUAUUUCAUUUUAUUCGUAUGAACUUCCCUACUUUGGUUCCUAAUUACGGAGUAAAGUUUGUAUUUUUUUAAGGCAUAAUGCCAAAAAUAGCCCCUAACAUUUGACUGAUUAGUCAAUUUGAUCCUUGUUCUUUUUUUUUUUAA